AUGUCUUGUGUGCCUCUUGUUCAGAAGAGUCCUUAUAAGAUGGACAGCUUUCCACGGGGACACGCCUUGAUUCUGAAUAAUACGAAGUUCGACGAAUCAUCCGAUCGAGAAGGUGGUGAUGUAGACCUGGACAACAUGGAAGCCUUGUUCGAGGGUCUGUCAUUUAAGACCUACAAAUUGAAGAACAAGACAGCACAGAAGAUAAAAGACAAAAUCGAGGCAUUUUCUAAGAGAAGGGAGCAUGAUAAAAUGGACUGUUGUAUCGUGGUGCUGAUGUCACAUGGGAGCAAAGAUGUCAUCAUGGGAAAAGACGACGAACCCGUGCAGUUGGACGACAUCUUCACCAUGUUUGACAACAAGAACUGCCCUCGUCUGAAGGGGAAACCCAAGCUGUUCUUCAUACAAGCUUGCCGUGGAGAAAAGGUGGACAAAGGUGUAGCUGCACCUGAAGAUAAAGACGACAGCCCAGGGACUAAUCUCAACACCGACCUUGAAGCCCUGCUGAGUAAGCUGCUGCAGAAGACGACAUCCAAGGAGAACAGACUCGAGGAGGACGAAGCAGACGGGCCUGAGAAGAUCCCAACCAGGACCGACAUGCUCUGUUGCUAUGCGACACAGCUAGAGCACAAGGCCUUUCGAGGCGACAAGCAUGGCAGUUGGUUCAUCCAGGCCAUUACCAAAGUCUUCAUGGAGCACGCCAAGGAUAACAGUAUACACGAGAUGAUGGCAAAGACAUGA